GGAGUCCGUCUGUCCUUCUCGUAGAGCGGCAGGAUUUGAAAAGGAGUAAUUUUUUUUCUUCUACAGCGAUCCAAAUCCGCAGCGUGUGCGCCGGCGCAGUUCCUCCCUCUUUGUCCGCUUCCUCCCUCAUCGCCAUCAAGAAAGCUGCAGCCCCGCAGCAGAGUCCAAGAGAGAGAAGAGUAGUCCAGGGAAGGGCAGAGCAGCAACGGGAAGGUCCGCCCCCCGCCGCCCAAACGUCGAACGCCAUUCAGUUUCUGAAGGUAAGGAGAUAGAAGAGAUGAUGCAGAAGGAGCAGCCGCAAGCAUGGUGGUUCGACAGCCACAAUCUCGCAAGGCCAUCCCCGUGGCUCGGCAACACCCUUUCAGAACUGGAUGACAAGACCAAGCAGAUGCUGAAGCUGAUCGACCAAGACGCGGACUCGUUCGCGCAGCGCGCUGAGAUGUACUACAAGAAGCGCCCCGUCCUGGUGGACAUGCUCGGCGACCUCUACCGGGCGCACCGCUCGCUGGCCGAGCAAUGUGACCUGCUGAAGCAUGGCGGCGGCACGCGCCGCUCGAAGGUGUUUGCCUCACCAUCUCCUCCCUGCACCAAGAGCUGGUCUCCGGCGGCAUCCAUGGAUGGCAAGGCAGGAGCAGGAAGUUCCUCUUCCUCCACCUCACUCUGCUCAGGCUCCUCCUACGACUCCGAGUCCGAAGUCGACGACCCUGAAGAAGAACAUCAUCACCAUGGUGAUCAUCACAAGGUACAUCAUCAUCAUGGUGAUCAUCAGAAGGCCUCUGAAGGCAAAACAGAGGCAGAGAAGAAGGAGCAACAGCCAGAGCAGCAGCAGGAGGAGGCAGCAGAGCUGAUGGAGGAGAUCAGGAUGCUCAAGGAGCAGAACUCGGAGCUGCAGAAGGCGAUGGAAGAGAGCACGGCCAUGUACAAGGCAGAGCUGGCGGCGAAGGACGAGGAGAAGAGGGAGGUCAUCAGGCAGCUCGCGGCGUCGCUCGACGUCGUCCAGGGGGAGAACUCGACAUUGCGCGAGUGUAUCAAGAGCUCGAAGCACCACCACCGCCCCGCCGCGGCGCGCGCUUUCGACCUCAAGAAGCUGACCAGGGACCUGUUCUCGGCGAAGCUGUUCACGGCGCACUGCAGGCCGUCUGGUCCGGUGGUUGCUCUGUGAUGAUGAAGAAUGAGAUCCGGUGCAGCUAAGCAGGAGGUUCAUAUAAGAGGAUGGGUGGUUACCUUCUUUCUCCCUGUCUGCUGCUGCCUUCGAUCCUUGUUUAGCUUUAGCUAGUAGAGAGCUGCUGUUAAGUAGAGUGUGCUUUAGUCUGCAUGUUUCAUCUGUAUGUACCCUUAGUGGUAGAAGAAUCAAGAACCAUAUGAGAUUGUAUGAUCGCUUAAUUAUAUAUAUUAUAUAGUAAAAGACAUAUCUUAUAUUUGUCAA